GUUCAUUUUCUUAUACUCCCGAUUUACAUGGGUUUUCUACAUUUCCAACGGGUUUGUGUCCUACAAAAAUAGCAUUCUCAACUUUCUAUCUUCGCCCAUUCCUACGGAACAGCCUGAUAGAAGAAACCAUGUCCGCAAUACCGGCAUACAGCGCUUUCGCGAUCGCCAUCCUAUUCACCCAUGUAACCGCUCAAUACAGCUACGGCGACACAGAUGAUCCAAAUGUAGCUGGGGCAUCUGGCCCAGAUUCAGGCUCAGGGGGAAUCUCUACUGCAGGCAUUAUCGCUCUGGGUGUAAUUGCUGGAGUGGUCGUGGUCCUAGGAAUCAGCUCGGCUGCCCUAUUUUAUGUCGCCAAGAAGCGCCAGUGGGCAAUGCGCGAAGCACUCCGUCGCUCUGCUCGAACAGUUGUCAAGGCAGUAAUGACACCCCUCACGCCUAGAUUCCCCAAGAGUGCACGAAGCACAAGACCGCCUACUCGUGACCGAGAAGAGGAAGACAACGAGCUAAGGAGGACCGAAAGACGAUAUCGAAACCCACUGGAUCCGGAAAAAGAUGCCGUGGUAACAGCGAAAGAGUCGCCCAAGGAGACGGGAUCGAAUAUUAGAGGGUGGAGCUCUUAUUUCUCUUUCAACCGCUCAUAGAUUACAUCUCUUCUUUCACUUUCUAGCAAUGACCUAUACUGCCGAGGGUGCGUGACUGGGUGAAUGGUUAUUGUUCUACCUACGCUAGACGUAGGAUGAUGUCAGAUAUACCGUUCGGCCAAAAAGGUGUCAAGACAGCCAUUUCUAGCUGAUACAGUAUUAUAUUGGUCCCUUAGAUGGCCAUCUUUCACUUUCCUUCUUUUCACUCUAUCUUUAUAGGGUUUCCAGUAUCUAUAUAAAUAUAC